AUACCACUGAACCACUGUUAAGUUACCGGUAAAUUGAAUAUCAAUAUUGUGGCAGGAAGCUCGAGUCAUUAUCGUUAUUUUUGGCAAAGCUUUUUUUCCCAUUCUUUACUGACUGGGAGAACUGAGGCAAAGAAUUGGUGGUUGUCCAGCCUCUCUCUUUCACUCUCCACUCUUUUCCCAUCUCGUGCUUUCCCUAACCUAACCAACCUUCCCUCCCGCCGCUACACUCUGCUUGGUCGGGCCACCCUUUUAGAACGACCCUACAUCCUAUACCACCUUGCUAUUCAAGUAUCAUACAGUACCGGUUUCCUCCGAUCUGUCGCCUUCAGCACGCAAACCAUCAUACAUUGGAGUGUAUCCCUUCCAGUUACCCCACCGCUUUUCUCAGCUGCUUAAUUGGAACUGUGGCGUCUUCUACCGGUCGCUACCUGCAGAUUUCAAUCAUCCACCAAACGAAGUUCACCCUUUCCCUCCUUCGUUUUAACGACUUUCGAAAUCCAUAAAAAUGUCCUGGAAACUACCAAAGUCUCUAAAACAACUCAAAGAGACGCAUCUGGGUGCUCCUUCAACCUCCCGCUCUUCCUCGACUUCCACCAUCACCCCGAACUCGAAUGCACAGGCUUCUACCUCCACUCUUGUCGCCAGUGAUGGGACUGUGCCUGCUACAGCCACCUCUACCAACAGUGGCGAUGCUGCUCCAACCUCCACCGUGAAGCCAGGGUUGCUUAUUGUGACCCUCCACGAGGCAAAAGGCUUGUCCUUACCUCCAACACAUCCGGCGUACAAUUCUCAACGCCCCUCUUCCUCCUCGUCCACCCCCAACGGCACCCACUCGUCUCGCCCCGGCACUGCCAACUCCGUGGCCCACCAUGGACAUCAACGAGCAAUGUCAAAGCUCUUUAGAACGUACUGUGUCUUGGAAUUUGACAAGACUCAGGUCAUUGUCAAUGCUAACUCCGGGACUUUGGAUUCUCCCAUGUUCUCGGGGUACACAACUCAGUACAAGUUCGAUGUUAGCAGAGAUACCGAUCUGAGCAUCGGGGUGUAUAUGCGAAAUCCCGGCUCGGUUGGAAGGGAUGAAGACUUGUUCCUAGGAAGCUGCAGGGUUCAGCCGAGGUUUGAAGAGCCGACUGCCCCGCAGUCCGGAAAGAAGGGACAACAGCAGCAACCAACUGCGCCAGGAUUUAGCGGUGUCGAUUGGGUACCGUUGAGCAUGUCUACUGGAAGCGUUAGGCUUGGCAUCGAGUAUAGGCGUAACCAGGAUAUGCCACUGACAAUUGAUGAUUUUGAAUUGUUGAAAGUUGUUGGGAAAGGUAGUUUUGGGAAGGUUAUGCAGGUCAAGAAACGUGAUACUCAGCGAGUCUAUGCUCUCAAAACUAUCCGAAAGGCCCAUAUUAUCUCAAGAUCAGAAGUCAAUCAUACCCUCGCAGAGCGCACUGUUUUGGCACAGAUCAACAAUCCUUUUAUCGUUCCUCUCAAGUUCUCGUUCCAGUCCCCCGAAAAGCUGUAUCUUGUACUUGCCUUUGUCAAUGGGGGAGAGUUGUUUCACCAUCUUCAGAGGGAAGGAAAAUUUGAGAUCAAUCGCUCGAGAUUUUAUACCGCAGAGUUGUUGUGCGCAUUAGAGUGUUUGCAUGGGUUCAACGUCAUCUAUAGAGAUCUGAAACCCGAGAACAUUUUGCUAGAUUACACAGGCCAUAUCGCCUUGUGCGAUUUCGGCCUUUGCAAGCUGAACAUGAAGGAGGCUGACACGACAAACACAUUCUGCGGAACACCGGAAUAUUUGGCACCAGAGCUUCUCCUUGGACACGGUUACACCAAGACUGUUGAUUGGUGGACACUCGGUGUCUUGUUGUAUGAAAUGUUGACAGGAUUACCACCAUUCUACGAUGAAAACAUCAACGAAAUGUACCGCAAGAUUCUCCAGGAUCCACUCCAAUUCCCGGCCGACAUUGAUAGAGAUGCGAAGGCUCUGUUGAUUAGGCUCUUGGACCGUGACCCGGAGAAGAGACUGGGUGCCAAUGGAGCUGCCGAAAUCAAGGCCAAUAAGUUUUUUGAGACUGUUGAUUGGAAGCGCCUUUUGCAGAAGAAAAUUCAGCCUGCCUUUAGACCAAACGUGACCAAUGCCAUGGAUACUGCCAAUUUUGAUAAGGAGUUCACGAGUGAGGUUCCUACCGACUCGGUUGUUGACGGUGACUUUUUGAGUCAAUCAGUGCAACAGCAAUUCACCGGAUGGAGCUACAACCGUCCCGGCCAGUUGGGCAUGGGUGAGCCCGGUAGUGUUCGCGACCCGGGGCCUGGUAGUGUGGUUGGUUAGAUUGCGUAUCUAGAAAGGGCACUUGUGUCGGAUUUUUCACUCCUUUGCAGAAGUUAGAUGGGGUUCUUGUAAGAGAUGGAUUAUUUCAUUUUCUUGUGUCUGGUGGGUUGGGUGACUACUUUGCUGGAAAUGUGUUUUGAAACCUUUUUUCUUCGAUAUGGUGGGGAGGAUUGAAUUGUUUUCGGGUGUUUCAUACUCAACAGAGCUACCUAUACGUAUCGUAUGGUUUUCUGCGUUCCAGAGGAAGUUGGGUCAGGCGCUAUUUUGCGUUAAUCCUUGGUCGUCAUCCUUUUAUGCCAUAAUCCGGGGGGUUCUUUUUUAUAUAUAUAUAUUUUUUGGUCGUUGGGUUUCAUCAUUUUCUCAUUUCCUCCCUCCGGAAAACCACCUACCUCUCUGUAUUGCUUUCCUUCCUUCCUUCCUUCCCUCCCUCUUUUCUUAUUCCUUUUCUCCUUUUCAAUUGUUAUCGAGUAUUCCAUCAUUUUGUGUACGGAAAUAUUUCUUUUCUUUUUCCCUUCUCUUUCCUUCACCUUCGCUGAGUGAGAUGAGAGGGAAAUGAGGAGAGGAGAAGAAAACAAGUGAUAUUCGUGCAGUAAAACAGGCAAUUCAUGAGAGGGUCUGGCACAGCAGUCUAGGUGACGGAUGAGAUGGGAAGGCCUAAAGAAGUAGGUUUCUAGCUGUUGCAUAACGUAUAUUAACAAAAUAUUGUUUUUAUAGAGAUUUUUGGUUAUUGUUGCUAUAGUAUCAAUACCGAUUUUGGAGACAAA